AUGAGAUCCCCUUUCCUAAGAACAACCGACACCGCGAUUGGUAUAGCAGAAGGAAUAGCAGCCGGUUCUAAAAAAUCUGAUGCCGCUGAAAAUAUUAAAAGACCUUUUGAUAUUAAAUUAUGCAUAGAUCCUUCAUUAUCCGAAUGGCAUACAAGUAUUUAUUUCUCAAAUCCUGUACCUAAUAGUAUCGUUACCUUACGAUUUGACGAAUUACACCAAUCAUUUAAAAAUGAAGAACAAAAAGAACAAAAAUCAUUUGAAGUCGAUUGGAGUUAUAAACCAGUUUCUUCCGAAUUACCAAAAUAUCCCGAGGGAAUACAAGAUGUAUUAACAAGGUGUACCUCGUCCAUGGAACAUAUUCUUGAACCUUAUGUUAAAGAUAUAUCAUUAAAUAAUAACAAAGAUAAAGAUAUUGUUUUGAUUAUUGUGACUCAUGGUUGGUGUUUUAAUGUGAUUCAAGAAGCAUGUGCUAAAACUUCAAAUUGGAAAAAUGCUGAAUAUUGUGCUGUUACUCGAGCUCGAUGGAUACCUAAAUCAGAAAAUGAUAAUAAUGCCGUCCAAAUCAUUAUUACUGAAGAUGAAGAUGAUAAUAAAAAUGUAAGACACGAUAAACCAAAACUUGAAGCUUUAACUAAAUACGGUGAAUUCGAUUUAGAUAUUAUUUCUACAACAAACCAUCUAAAAGGAUUGUCAACGAAUGAUGAAAAUGAUUGA